GGUAGGUGGGAGGGUCCCUGGCCAUUGUCGGCCGGGUACGUAAUUUCUUAGAGCCGAUCCAUCUUCCUCCCAAGUGCUCUUCCCGUCACUCCUCCACUUCGCGCGUGCCGUGCCUCAACCUUAUCAAACGGCCAUCAACCAUCGCCCGUGUCAACGACAUUCAAAAUGGCCGAUGACGAUUCAUCUGAGUUGUCAUCGAUUUCCUCUCUAUCGGACCCCCCUUCUGAAGAUGAUUCCGACAUCCAAUUGGAGAAGAAACACGGCAUCCUGAAAUUCUUCCACAAGGUCGACCGAAACCCAGCCUUGGAGCCCGAGGAAAAGACGCCCCCCCGACCCAAGAGGGAACCCUCGCCGCCUCAUGAAUAUGUGUUAGCUGAUAACCCAGACAUUGCUUUCAUUGUCAUGUUCCGUGCCCGCUUCACCGAAGCGUUUCCCAAAAGUUUAGCAAAUUUCGGGCCCCAAGAGCUGGAGCGCGAUGUUGUUGAGGCGGUUCCAGGCGAGCGCGUCGAGCAUUUUCUGUGCGCCUUGCUGGGCCUGCUCCUGAACCGCAAGCAAGAUGUCAAGCCCGGCCAUUACAAUCGUGCGCUCGAAGAAGCCGUUCAGACACACAAGGGGCAGUGGGCGAAGGACUGGGAAAGCCAAAAUCCCCUCUCCGGCUCCGCCACGUUUGCCUCCAUGACGCCAGUGCAACGGCUCACUCUACUGCGCACCCUGGUGCAGUGGACGCUUUCAUCAUCGGACGCAGUUAGGACGAUAAUCUCUCAGCAAUACAAGAACCGGCACGAGGACGACCUGAACAUCCCCUUGAGUGUGCAGCCCUGGGGCAGCGACGGCGAUAAACGGCGGUACUACCUUAUCGAGGGAAACGACGAUACCUCGUUCCGCGUAUACAGAGAGAGCAACCCUGCUGGCCUACAGCGAACUUGGUGGAGUGUUGCCGGCAGCAUCGAUGAGCUCAAAACCCUUGCCGAGAAGCUGGAAUCCCAGGAUGGUGGUCCCAAGGCAAAAGCGUUUGCCAAAAGAAUCCUCAACAGCAUACCCCGAUUUGAGGCCACAGAGGAGAAGCGGCGCCGGAGGGAGUACCGCCAGAUGCGCAAGGAACAGUUCAGGCGCCCGGAACCGGGCUUCUCGCUCUACGAGGGCCGUACGAGAGGAAAGCGCAUGAAGUAUACAUAUUCCGACGACGAGGCCGACUUCUAUUCGGAUUCAACCACCCGCCGUUCAACGCGCAAUACCAGGAACCACACACCGGCAGAGCCGAGCGGCCCUGUCACCACAGCCAGCGGUCGGCAAGUUAGAGCGCCGAACCGACUGAACGCGGAGAGCGCCAGCACCGGCCCCCCCAGUGCCUCGACGAGCGUCCAAGGAGAUGCUUAUGCCGAUGAUUCGGAGAUGAAAGAUGAAGCCGUUGGCCGUACAGGGCGCCCGCGCCGAUCUGCCGCUGUCAACCACGGCACGAACGGCUGGACAUCGAGGAAGCGGAAGAGCGAGGAGUACGAGUCGGAUGAGUCCGAAGAGGGAUCUGAGCCCGACUUCGGGGAUGACGAGGAAGACGAGCACAUCCCAGAUGAGGAGGAUGAGGAUGAGGAAGAGUUUGAGGAUGAGGAACUGCUGGACGAAGACCUCGAGGACAGGCCAAGUUCCAGCUACAUGUUCAAAUUCCCCGUUCGAGUCGCCUUUGAUGAGAAUAACAAAGUGCGACAAAUCCCUGGCCCUCCGGUUGUUGUAGAUCAGCAACACAAGCGGCCGAGGGCCGCGCACAGAAAUGUCGUUAUUAGCGACGAGUCCGAGUCUAGCGAAGCUACUGAAGCCGGCCAGGAGACACCGUUCGAGCCCGAGCCUGAGCCGCCAGCGGCCGAGGUCAUCGCGGUUGUUACGAAACAGGCGACGGCGCCUGAGGCGGUCGAGAGGCCGGGAGCCGAGGUCGACAAGCUUACGGAGCCUGAAGUCAAACAGGCUGAAGCCAAGCAGCCCAUGGCUGACGCUGGCCUGGCGGCCAAGUCUCCCCCAACUCCAACAAGCGAACCCCCGACAUCUCUGGCUUUUAGAGGGAGCCCGGAGAUGCCACAGCCCGUCCGCCAGCUAGCUAAUGCUAGCUCCCCGGAGUAGGGGAUGCGGAGAGCUGCAAAGGUUCCAUGCGAGCGUUGCUGAACAUUGCUUUUGAGAUGGAGUUAAGGGCAUCUUUAAGACAUGGAGGUUCCUCGAUCCUCAGCUAGGAAGGCACUUUUCGGGCGGGCUAUCUGUGUUUGCAAGCAGGGUAGCUUCUAAACCAUGGCAAGAUGGAAAAGCGAGCUUGAUCGAUUUGCGGCUAGACUCUUCGUUCUGAAUGACGAAUGAAUUUAUCUUACUGGGCAAAAUACAUAUGUGACAAGCGUCC